AUGGAGUUCGAAUCCAACAAUAUUUCUGAAGACAACAACAACAAUCAAGGAUGGCAGAAGGUUACUUACGCUAAGAAGAACAGGAAGAAUCAGCCUAAGCAGCAGGUGCCUCAACCGAAGGCGCUUCCAAACGGAUCCGUUGUCGCUGGUAAUGAUAAUGUCUUCACUGCUAUUGAGAAGAAAUCGGAGGAGCGUAGGAAGGUUAUAGAAGCACAGAGAUUGUCGAUUUAUGAUCCUGCUCCUCCUCCGGUUAAAUCGUCAAGGAAGAAGAACUACUCCGAUUAUGAGGACAGCGAUGAAGAGGUUGCCAAUGGUGUGGCUGGGAAUGAUGAUGUUGAGGAGAAGAAGAAGAAACCGAAGAAAGUAAAGAAACCUAAGGUCACAAUUGCGGAAGCGGCGGAGAAGAUCGAUGUCGACGACCUGGCUAGUUUUCUAUGCCCAAUUCAUUCUGGUACCAUUAGUUGUAAAAUUGACGAUGCUGGUAGCCAUGAGAUUAAUGGUGUUCGAAGGAGGGACGUUCUUAACUGCUUUGGGGCUGCCAUUAGCAUGGAAUUGGUGGCAAGCUCCAGCCCAAUCUCGAGCCCAUUCAUUGAGGCAGCUAAUGCUGCUGAUUUGAUACAAAGAAGACAGCGUUCAGACUUUCAAUCAAGUAUAAAGAUGACCCUCUAUAAAGCCAUUAAGGCAAAUCCAGAGCUGAUUUCACCCCUAUUAACAUUAGCACUUAAUGAUUCUAUGACAUAUGAUAAGCCAACAAAAACUGGAGGCCCUAAUGGAUCCAUACGCUUCAGCUCUGAGAUUGAGAGACCAGAAAACAAAGGACUUUCUGCUGCUUUAUCAAUGGUGGAAGAAGCAAAAAAAGAGAUCGAUUCUUACUCUAAAGGUGGACCAAUUUCAUACUCCGAUCUCAUCCAAUUAGCAGGUUUGGUGUUUGUCAGAAGUAGCCAACAUAUCCACAACAACUUUCCCCCAAACGUUUAGGAUUUCUUUUUCUUA